AUAUGUAAUUAACACUUUGCAGUGUAUUAAAUCAUUGUUCUUCUUUUUGCAGUCCUGCAGAAUGAGUUAUCCCGGGUAUCCUCCUGCCGGUGGUUAUCCACCUGCUGCUCCAGGUGGCAACCCCUGGGGGGCUCCCAGCUACCCUCCUGCAAAUCCUCCUCCAAUUGGGCUAGAAAAUGUUGGAAGCUAUGCCAACCAGUUUAAUCCAGACUAUAUGUCAGGCAUGGCUUCCAACAUGUCGGGAACGUUUGGUGGCGCCAACGUGCCGCAGAGCAUGUACCCUCCAGUCCCCGGUGGCUACCCCCCGGUUCCCCCAGGAGGCUUUGGACAAGCUCCUGGAGGCUUUGGGCAACCUCCUCAAGGACAGCAGCCGUCUUACGGAAUGUACCCGCCAGCGCCAGGAGGAAACCCGCCAACAGGAAUGCCAUCUUAUCCAGGGUAUCCAGGUGGCCCGAUGCCAGGAGCAGGACAGCAGCCCCAGCCGUAUCCUGGGCAACAGCCAUAUCCUGGGCAGCAGCCAAUGCCGCCGCCAGGGCACCAGCAGCCUAUGCCAAGUUACCCUUCUGGCCCAGCUGUUAAUCCUUCUAUGCCAUCUUAUCCAGGACCAACAGUGCCCACCAUCACUCCCGGAGUGUCUGGAAACCGAGGCACAGUCCGUGAUGCUCCAUCCUUUGACCCUCUGAGGGACGCAGAGGUAUUGAGGAAAGCCAUGAAAGGGUUUGGAACCGACGAGCAGGCAAUCAUUGAUUGUCUGGGAAGUCGCUCAAACAAGCAACGCCAGCAGAUUCUGCUCUCUUUCAAAACAGCUUAUGGAAAGGAUUUGAUCAAGGACCUGAAGUCUGAGCUUUCCGGCAACUUCGAGAGGACAAUCUUGGCAAUGAUGAAGACUCCUGUCCAGUUUGAUGUUUAUGAAAUAAAAGAAGCCAUCAAGGGAGCUGGCACGGAUGAAGCCUGCCUGAUAGAAAUCUUGGCGUCUCGCAGCAAUGAGCACAUUCGGGAAAUCAGUCGGGCAUACAAAGCAGAGCAUAAGAAAACUUUGGAAGAAGCCAUCAGAAACGACACAUCUGGACACUUCCAGAGGCUUUUAAUCUCACUGUCUCAGGGAAACAGAGAUGAAAGUACCAGUGUCAACAUGGCGGCUGUCCAAAGCGAUGCUCAGGCGCUGUAUGCAGCAGGAGAAAAUCGACUUGGGACUGAUGAAUCCAAAUUCAAUGCAAUUCUCUGUGCCAGAAGUAAAGCUCACCUAAUAGCAGUUUUCAGUGAAUAUCAGCGAAUGUGUAACCGUGACAUUGAGAAGAGCAUAAUCAGAGAGAUGUCGGGAGACCUCGAAUCUGGGAUGCUGGCAGUAGUUAAGUGUGUAAGAAAUACACCUGCUUUCUUUGCAGAGAGGCUGCACAAGGCCAUGAAGGGAGCUGGAACCAAAGACCGGACUCUCAUUCGCAUCAUGGUGUCACGCAGUGAGGUUGACCUGCUAGACAUAAGGCAGGAAUACAAGAGGAUGUAUGGCAAAUCUCUCUACACAGACAUUACGGGUGACACUUCUGGAGACUACAGGAAAAUCCUGCUGAAAUUGUGCGGUGGAAACGACUAAGUUGAGUCCCCUGGAAUAUUGUUUUUUGGUUUUUUUUAAAAGAAUCAUUUAUGCUAUCAUUUCACACAUGCUGUCAAAACUCCAAAUAUCCAGAAGAUUUUCUCUAAAGUGCCACGUUAUUCCUUUCUUGAAUAAUAUAUCAUGAGUACAGAAAUAAAUCCUGCUAUAGAGAGAGAGGCUGCUGCACCAGAUAGCUGUAGAGUUCACAAACAGGUUUUUGCUUUCUUAUGGGGGGGGGGACACACUCCACUGUAUCGAAGUGGCUUGUGUUGCAUGAAUAGCUUUUGUUUGGAAACGCCUUUAUUUGUGCGUGCCAAAUGAUUCUAUACAGCUUUGUGUCUUACAAAAAAAAGUACAAAACAUUUUUUGUAUGUGUGGUGCAUGGUGCAUUUGAUAUCUACAUGCUUGUUGCUUAAAUUAAAAAAAUAAAUCCUGUUCUGAAGAGUGAUUGGGUAGACUUUCAGACCCUGUUCACUCACUGCUGUUCAAGGAGAAAUGUAAAAGUCUGGCUAGAAUCUUUAUGCUGCCUUAUGUUGUUUUGAAUGCUGGAUCUCCCUGAAGUCUGUGAUAUUGUCCCUAAAUUGAAGGAAAAGGGAUGUGGUGCAUUGGCAGAAUUCAGGACCAAGAUGUUAGGAAGUCUGCCAGGGUGUUGUCAUUAGGGUCCCUCCGAAUGUCCUGUUUCAUGUGCAUUCUUGCAGAUUUAUGCUCCUGCUGAUAACCUGGUGGUUAUGCAUGACCCCACUUCCAAGAGUGCACCUGCAAAAAUGUGGUACAGCUAUGUUUUCCUCUAGAAACGUUUAUUUUUGUCCCAUUUUCACGUGCUAAGAGUGCAAGACUGCUAUUGAAGCAUCACAGAACAACUAAGACAGCGGGAUAGUGUCUUAAUGCACUAUUGUGUCAAUGGCAUGUUACAAAGCACACCCACAAAAACCUAAGUCUGCUAAGGCUUAUACUUGCCAAUGAGAGCUUUCCUUUCCAAGAGGUAAUAGCAGCAUGAAAUGGAGCAGUUUUUUUUUCCAGAGUUGGGAAAAGGAGAGGAAAGGGCUUAAUCUCUCUGCACAUGCAGAAUCCCAACACUUCAAACACACACAGCCAUUUUUAAAACUUAAAAAUCUAUUGGCUUUCUGUUGAUGUCUUCAGCGUCAUAUCUACAGUAGUUUAGCUCUCAGGGACAGCCUACAAUCAAACAAAUAUUUCCACUCAUUCGUUUUUCGAUAUGCGGAGGAUCAGCUUUUUCUCUUGAAAGCAACAUGUGAACAAGGCUUCAUUGUUAGAAAAGGCUGCUUUACAAGCUCCAAACAUUUUAUUAGAAUACAGGAACACAGAAGUCAAUGGAGAUUCCACAUAAAAUGCUCCUCUUUUACAAAAAUAGGCACAAAGGAAACCCCCAUUGAUUUAAGCGUUCAGCACAUGUUUCACUUUCCCCAUUCAGUUCCCUGAUUCUUAGAUGGACUUGCCGCUAGCAUGAUCCAGCCAAAGUUGUCUUUCAAUCUGAGUGUAUGCCAAAGCUUUUUCUCUUUGCGUGUUUUUGUAGAAUUCUACCUUAAAAUCAAAUAUAUAAUUUUUUAAAAGAUGAUUUGUACAAAUAAACCAAAUUAGUACCCAA